AUGGUGGGAGACAUCGCUAAGAGAUGGAAGGAAUUGAGCGGAAAUAGCAAAUGGAAAGACUUGCUUGAUCCUCUUGACUUGGACCUACGUCGUUACAUCCUACACUACGGCGACAUGGCUGAAGUCGGUUACGUUGCCUUUAACAGUGACCGCCGAUCAAAAUAUGUAGGAGAUAGCUGCUACACCAAGGAAGAGCUCUUUGCUCGAACCGGCUACCUUAAAGCCAACCCUUUCAGGUACGAGGUGACUAAGUACAUAUAUGGAACGUCGUCGAUAAGGUUACCGGAAUGUUUCAUAAUCAACUCAUUGUCAAGAGAGGCAUGGAACAAAGAGUCUAACUGGUUAGGUUACAUAGCGGUGGCUACAGACCAAGGCAAAGAACUGUUAGGGAGGAGAGACAUUGUUGUAGCUUGGCGAGGGACCAUUCAGCUGUACGAGUGGGCUAAUGAUUUUGAUUUCCCACUCGAACCAGCUAUCUCGGUUUUUCCUAAAACUGACCCUAAUGACCCGAGUGAUCCCCCUCGCAUUGCCAAUGGUUGGCUUUCUCUUUACACAACCGCUGAUCCACGGUCGCGUUUCGACAAGACCAGUGCACAAGAACAGGUUCAAGGAGAGCUCAAAAGGUUAUUAGAGUUAUACAAAGAUGAAGAAGUUACCAUCACCUUAACAGGCCAUAGCUUGGGAGCAGUUCUCUCGAUUCUAUCAGCCACAGACUUUCUCCAUAACGAAUGGCCUAAGACCACAACAAGUCUUCAAGACAGGCUUUCUUGCGUUACAGUUUUCGCUUUCGGGAGUCCACGAAUCGGCGAUCUCAACUUCAAAAGACUCGUCGAGUCUUUGAAAAAACUCAACAUCUUAAGAAUAUCAAACGUACCGGAUCUCAUCCCGCGUUAUCCGGUAUUCAGGUUCGCAGAUAUCGGCGAGGAGCUUCAGAUCAACACGUUGAAAUCAGAGUACCUGAAACGGUCUCUGAACAUAAAGCAUUUUCAUAACCUGGAGGCUUACCUGCACGGAGUGGCAGGGACACAGCAAAAUCAAGGGGAGUUUAAGCUGGAGAUAAACCGGGAUAUAGCGCUGGUCAAUAAGGGUUUAGAUGCUCUUGAAGAUAAGUACUUAGUGCCUGAUCAUUGGUGGGUUCUUGAGAACAAAGGGAUGGUUCAAAGAGAUGACGGGACAUGGAUGCUUAAUGGAGAUAGGGAAAAGGAAGGUGAAGAAGUUGAAGAAGACGAAUACGAAUUACCAUGAAUAUAGCAACAAUACAUGUAAGAAUCUGGCAAAC